AUGGGUCUCUUCACCAUUGGGUGCAUUGUCUUUGCUGUGGCGAAUAGCAUGGUUGUUUUGAUCGCUGGACGUCUCAUUCAAGGCCUAGGAGCGGGUGGUCUCGACGUGCUCGAGGAAAUCAUUCUGGCUGAUAUCACCACCCUCAAGGAACGACCAUUGUAUUUGGGAGCAAUCGCAGUUGCCAUUGCUACCGGAAGCAUCUUGGGCCCCAUCGUAGGAGCUCUCUUUAGCGAAUUUAGUACCUGGAGAUGGAUAGGCUGGGUGAAUCUACCAAUUGUGGGAAGUGCCUUUGUACUUGCUAUGUGUUUUCUUCGCCUCAAACCCAUCCAAACGCCGUUUUGUGUCAAGAUAAAGCAACUGGAUUGGAUGGGUAUGGUUCUACUCACGGUUGGUGCCACUGUUACUGCCCUCCCUCUAAGUUGGGCCGACACCAUGUACCCGUGGUCUUCGUGGAGGACUAUUGUACCGUUGAUCAUAGGGCUCAUGACGCUGCUCGUUUUCGGUAUAUACGAGAGACGACCAAAGAAUCCCGUCAUACCUUAUCGUAUCUUUUCCAACAUUACUGCUAUCGUCUCCCUGGUAACCGGUCUCGUUCACGGCUUGCUCUUGUAUACCAUGUUGCUGUACCUGCCCCUAUUUUUCCAAGCUGUCUUUCUGGAAGCCCCUCUAGAAGCAGCAAAGUCAACUAUACCAGUAUGCAUCCUUGCCGUGGUCUUUAGUUUUAUCGCGCCAGUAACCAUCGAAUUCACACGCUGUUACCGCGUUCUGCUUUGGCUUGGUUGGAUCUUUACCUCAGUCUCUUUCGGCCUUUUCUGCCUCGUAAGCCACGAAACUUCCCGUGUUAACACAUAUCUCUUUCAAGCUAUGUUGGGUGUUGGCAUCGGCACUGUCUUCACAGGCACCCAGAUUCCGAUGCAAGCGAGCGUAAUCCACGUCGACGAUACAGGCCUCGCUGUUGGUAUGCUCGUGGUGUUUCGUCUUGGUGGUGCCUUAAUUGGACUCUCGAUCAGUUCCACGGCAUUCAGUUCUGUCUUUCAAAAAGGCAUUGCUCCGCUACUACCGCUACCAGAACAACUGGCGUUGCUCGAAGAUGCAAGCCAAGCGAUUAGUUUCAUUCCCGUCCUUCGUACCUUAACUCUGACCGCUGAAUCGAUGUCUGGGGUGAUUGAAGCAUACGAGAAAGCAUUUCGAGCGGUAUGGAUCAUUCUUACCUCUCUGUCUAUUUUUGGGCUUAGUGUGUCUUUUUUUAUGAAAGAUCUCUCGUUGGAAACAGAGGAAAUUGGCCGGCAGCGAUUUGAAAAUUGA